AAGAAACGUCCGAAGAGCAGAAUAGUGUUGAACGCGUUUUUGACAAUUCUAAGUUGUUUCGAGAGAUUGUGGAUGGUGAACAGGGCGAUAAGGACGUUUUAGACAGAAAUCUUGAAACUCAUACAGAUUCUCUAACGCAAUCGGGAAAUCAUAAUCCAGUGAAUAUUGAGACGGAUAUAACAAUAAACGAUACUAAAGAAGCACUUAACAUAAAUGAAGCGGACGUUCAACAGUCAGUAGAUGAACCUAAAUACAAUACAGAACCAAUCAGUAAAACGACAAAUCAUGUGUAUGAGUCAAGCAUUAAAACUAAUUCAUCUGGUAACGAAAUUGUUAAUUCUUUAGAGAAUACCACUGGCUUAGACGAUUCAACACGAUCGGAAGAUAACGGCAUCCUUGCUUGUAAUGUUGAUAGUCUGAAUGAAAGUACUGAGGUACUUAUUUGCGAUUCAGAACGCGAAACGUCGCGUCUAGAAGAUGCUACAAAAAAUUAUGUCGCAGAAUCUGUAUUUGAAUCAAAUCCGUCAAGUGAAAUAGGCAUUGAUCAGGAAAUACCUGAAUCGCUUACACAAGAUGAAUGCUCAAAUAAUACUACUGAUACAACUGGACCUACACAAUCAGACAGUGUACAAACAACUGCAAUAAAAAAUGACAUAGAAACACAAACAGUCGAUGAAUCACAAUUAGGUAUAGUCAACAAUCAAGCGGAAAGUUUGACAAACACUACUAGUGUUGACGAUUCAGUACAAACGCCAGUUCCGUCGGAGGUCGCUUUAAUAGUAGAAACUAUACCUGAUACUAGUCAGGUAUCAGACAGUUGUGUAGCCAUGGACACUUCCAUAAUUGGAAAUAAUAUAGACGAAAGCUCUUACGUAGAAAUUCACCAACAAGAAACACAUAUAUCGACUGAGACAGAAACGUGUACGACGAGUAACAUAUCUUCUUACCCAACUGACUCGGAAGGGAAGAAUUUCACAAAUAUUCCUAAAGUCGAAGGCGCAAACGAGAAAGAUAGUUCAACGAACCAACCAGAAAACGGUGAAGGUUUUGACGAAACGCUGACGAAAGUCAUUAUUGAUAAAGAUGGUAUUCCUCGUGUGUCACAGACAGAUUUAACAGAAAACCAAGCGGUUGAAGCUUCACCUCUAUCACAUGAAGGUAAUGACGAUACCGUACAAACGUCAGUUACGACGGAGGUAAUUUUAACCGACGAAGCUUAUACUGAAAAUAGUCAGAAAGCAGAAGACAAUUGUGUCCCCAGGGAAACCUCAGUAAUUGAAAACAGUUUAGACGAAAGCUCUCUUAUAGCAACUCAGCAGCAGGAAACACGAGUAUCAGCUGAUACAGACGUGUUACCGACGAGUUACAUAUCUGGUAGCCCAACAGUGGAAGGCAUAAAUGAGGAAGACAGUGAAAUAAACUUAACAGAUAACGGUGAAGGUAUUGAUGAAACAUUAACCAAAGUCAUUAUUGAUGAAGAAGGCUAUCCUCAUGUGUCACAGACAGAUCUCAAAGGAGACCAGGUGGUUAAAGAUUUACCUGUAUCACAAGAAGGUGAUGAGGAGGCUGAUACGGGUACAGACAUAGCAGUUGAAGAAGUCACGCAUUUAAAAGUGUCCGCAGCAGAAUCGUCCAUGGAUGUUGAUCACAUGGCGAGUUCAGAAGUUUCAAUAAGCAUAGAUAACAAUACAGUUGAAAUGUCAGAUGGAACAAAUGAAAUAAAUUAUCAAGACGAUUUUGAAGAAGAACCGAACAUAAUGGAAACACCUGAUCAAACCAAUGAAAAUGAUAUGCCUAGCACAAUACCUAUUGAAAAUGAACCUGAUUAUGCGGUUGCAGCCCGAGAAGAAUUAAAUGAGGCUUCUAAUACACUGGAGUAUUCCAAUAUUAACCACAAAAAUCUAACCUCUGACAAUGCAGAGGCGACGGCGGAAAGUACUUAUUCAGAAGGCAGUGAGAAAGGAGACCGCAGUGAAGCCAUAAACGAGGGAGAACAACUUUUGCCUGUGAAACAAGAAUUGAGUCCUUUGGAGCAAUUGCUUCAAAGAAAUGUCACGAUAGAUGGUGACAUGAGUAGCAUUCCUGAAUAUGAAGCUAAACUUACGAAUCUAAUGAAAAGCAUGGAUGAUGUAUUAAAACAUAACUUGGAAAUAUUGAAAAUGCAAUCGCUGAAAGACUUUACGGCUGAUUUGGGAAAGUUUAGAGGAGACAUGCAAACAAUAAAUGACGCAUUUAUUAAGUGUAGUACAAUGUCAGAGAAUAUUACGUACGUCUUAAAGGAGCUCCGACAAGCAACGGAAGAAGUGAAAUCUCAGAUCCUAAGGAAGUUUCAUCAAGAAGACUUAAGUUCAUGGAUUGAUAACGCAGUGGAAAACGAUAAAGCAAGAGAAAUGCUCCAAGAGACGAUUCAGGCUGAAGAACGACGGUGUCUUGCUAAAGCGGCAGAGGCACGCCAUGCCGCCGCUGUGGCGUCCACGGGCGUCGCGCAGGCGCAACAACUGGUGGCGGAAUUGGAAGCGUUAGCUGCUGAUGCGGACGCUCAAGCAAAAUCGGCGGCGGCCAUGGCGGCGGCUGCGGUGGUCGCCGCUGAAGAAGCUCGGGUCGCGGCGGUUGAGAAACGUCGGGCGGAAGAAGAGGCAACGAGACGCGCCGAGGAGAAGGCGAGGAUCAAGGCAGAGGAGGAAGAGAAGAGGAAGGCGGAGGAGGAGAUGAAGAUUGCCCAAGAGGCAGCCAGGAAAGGCACUGAUAUAGAGGGCGAGAGAAAAACGUUUAUGGAGGAAAAAGCGAUAAAAGAAGCGGAGCGAAAGAAUCCAAAGAACUGGCCUUGCUAUACGUACGACGGCAACGGCACUGACUUUAAACCUUCUGUGGCCUGCAUCAUCCGGGCAAUUGAAGGAAGCUUGCGCAAGACUGAUGUCACGUGCAAAUGCGUUGAUCAAUCAACAGGUGUUUUAGCUCUAGGUGAAUCAGAAGAGCUCGUCAGCAACAUUAUCGAAAUACAGCAAACAGAUGAAAAUUUACAGUUACACUUCGAAGAGUCCAUGUCCAUAGCGUUCCCAAUCAGCCUGUCCCGACUUCCCACAGGAAAGGAGACGGUGAUCCGUAAGCAAGGUCACGAUGGCGUCUGGCGGGUACUUCCAGCAUCCGACACGCAUUUUGAAGACUAUAAGGAGCUGAAAUUCGUCGACUGCCGUAGCGCGACGUUCGGUGUGUUCGCCGUGAUCAUGCGUCCUAAGCGUGACCAGCUGACGUUCACACGUCGUGGCAACAAGCCCACAUGCAGCUUCGACUCCCGACUCUUCUUCCUCAACAGGCGCGGUACCGUCAAACAUAACGUCAACGUCGAGCUCGAGGUGAACCCGCUGGACAUGAACCUGGUUCCCGAUCUUAGGGCGCGAGCCCCAAGGGAAUGCGAGGACCUGCUCACCGCCAGCUCUAUCAUCACGCUGCGCGCGCCGCCGGAUUUUGUGCUCCAAAAACCGCUCACGGUGACGGUGCCGCUUCCACAGAUCCAAAAACGCCCGACGACGUCGCUUGCCAAGGAAAUGCGCACAGCAGAUUUGAGGCCAUUAACCGCCCGGCCGUCUGAACCGACGGAAGGAGACGAAACCGAGUCCGUGCACGUGCUGUGUCGUGACAUCAAAGGUGGCUGGACGAUCCUUCGUGACGUCAAUAUCAUCAGCCACACAAACAAGGACGUUGUGAACUUUGACCUCAUGGAAUUCCGUGAAAGAUACAUUCUCUUACGAACGAAGCCAGAUAAGCGUGACGCCGCGGUCGAGAAAAUGGCUACGCUUGUUGAACAGGCGUCAUUGCGACGUAACGUCAAGAUAAUACUGCGUCAACGUAACACAAACAUCUUAGACGUAAAAGUGGCCUGUGCGAUAUCGAAUGCAGCGGAACGGACCAUGAAGUCUCUAGGCGAGGAGGGGUACACGGAAGGGCCUACCCCUAGCGGCGACGUCAGCCUGAGGGAGGGACAGGAACUGUUUAUGCGUUUCCGUGGUAAUCUUGAAUGCGCGACGAAGUCGCCGCGCCUCUCUCUGAUAUUCAACUCGAACAUCCGGGCAGUUACGCGGUUCUUAGUCACUGAGAAGGACGCAUAUGCACAGAAAGGAUUGAACUGCUAUCGCGGAUUCGUUCAGGUAUUCACGAAGGCACUGGUACCGCGGCCUCUCGUGGAAGGGGCGGCUAAAAACGCAGUACCGGAAAUGGUAGAGGCGGAGAUCUUGUUAACGGAACUGCUCGUGGAACUUCCUAAGCCCGAAGUAACGCCACCCCAACCCCUAGCCACUGCACCCAUAUUCAUAAAAGAAGGCCCCAUGACGAACGGUGUUUUGCGCAUGCUUGCUGGGCAGUUAGGGAACGAGUGGCGCGAGCUUGCGGCAGCACUGAGUGUUCCACGCAUGCGCAUACAGGCAAUUUUACGACAACACGUCAACUUGGAUACAGCUGACACGCGCUAUGACAUGCUGGUCACGUGGGCAAAACGGGUGCCCAGAUCCAUAGACAAAGUACAGGUGCUAUCCGAAGCGCUCGAGGGCUGCGGCCGGAAGGACUUGGCCGAGGAGGUCAGACAGAAAGGCCAACGCUACAAGCAGCAGCGCUUUAUUUGCGCUAGGGUGUCGCAUUUGAAGCAGGCAUUCGUCAAGGUUGCAAAAGCCAAUGAAGUGUUCGGAAACUGGAAAGUUUUCGCCAAGAAACUGGGUGUUCGAGUCGACGACAUUGAGCGUAUCGAGGCUAGAGGGGGGUCGGGCCAGGAGAUGUGCUACUCGAGCCUGGAGGCGUGGCAGACUACGGCGGGAGAGGAUGCAACGAUUACCACACUUGCCAAUCAUCUCCGAUCAGACCAUCAGGAGAAAUUGUCACGAGACGUGGAAUCUAUUGGCCUCAUGGGUGCGUUAAUGUCGUGACGGAUGCCUUCAUGACAUCUGAAAGUAGUAGAAACCCGGUCUUAUAAAACGAUGGUGUCUUCCAGCAGAUAAUUCACUGUGAUAGUAUUUUUAAAUAACAUUUAUACGAUAACAAGGCGUUUAUAUGUGUGUCUAAUUUGUAAUCCUGUCGCUUUAUCCAUGUUCUGCUACUUUAUUCUGCAAAAAUGAACAUAAUGUUGUUUGUUAUUAACUUUCAUUGUCAUUUAGUCCAAAACUUAAUUGCGUUGAUAGUAGACGCGCUAAAAAAUGUGUACUAAAGUACUGCAUUUAAAUCGGCAGUUGUGUUUUGUAUUAUUGACUUUGUUUUCUCACUGAGAGAUGGAAAUCACGUCUUUAUAUUUCACAAGCUAAUAUAUUGUUAUUUGAGCAAAAUAAGAGUUGUUUGCAACUGUUAAUGUAUCACAUA